CUCUCUCUUAGAUUAGAUUCAUUUAUGGCCCAUUCUCACUUCCUCUAGUUCUUCUUCUUCUUCCUUAAAUCUCUCUGCAAUCUUCUGAUUCUUGAGGUUUACUGUGAAUGGGUGCUUCUGGGAAAUGGGUGAAAGCUCUGAUAGGAUUCAAGAAGCCUGAAAAAGAUGACCAAAAUGAGAAAAUGAGAUGCGGGAAGAGCAAGAAAUGGAGGCUAUGGAGGGGCGCAGCAGGGGAUCUUGGUUCUUCGUGGAAGGGAUUGAAAGGGUCGGAAUCAUGUUCUUCUUCCCCAGUAGUGAACCGUGGUGAUGCUUUCACGGCGGCCAUGGCCGCCGUGGUCAGAGCUGCUCCCAAAGAUUUCAUGGCUGUGAGGCAAGAAUGGGCCGCCAUUAGGAUUCAAACUGCUUUUCGUGGUUUCUUGGCAAGGAGAGCUUUGAGGGCUUUGAAAGGGUUGGUGAGGCUUCAAGCAUUGGUCCGGGGCCGGCAGGUGAGGAAGCAAGCCGCGGUCACCCUCAGGUGCAUGCAGGCUUUGGUUAGGGUCCAAGCCAGGGUCCGAGCUCGCCGGGUCCGUAUGUCCUUAGAGGGGCAAGCGGUGCAGAAGGCCAUAGACGAGCACCGUGGCACGGUUGAUUGCCUCAAACAAGCCGAGGAGGGAUGGUGUAACAGUAAAGGAACACUAGAAGAGGUUAAAGCAAAGAUACAAAUGAGGCAAGAGGGAGCCUUCAAGAGAGAUAGGGCACUUGUCUACUCCCUUGUGCACAAGGAGAGGUUGAACCAGAGCUCCGGAUCUCAGAAGGCGGCAAACUCCUUCGGCGGAUCUUUGAAGAAUUACAAUUUGGACCAGAACAGCUGGAGCUGGUUGGAGCGAUGGAUGGCGGCGAGGCCAUGGGAGAACAGGUUGAUGGAGCAAAAACCUCAAUCCGAUGCGGCGGCGGAAACAACCCCCAACUCCAAGACCUGCUUCUCGGAUUCUUCCGCCGCCAAGGACAAGAAUCAUUCCGACGUCAGAAUCAGGAAGAACAACGUCACCAAAAGGGUUUCCGCCAAGCCGCCGCCUCACCCGACCCGUUCGUCUUCGAGCCCUAGCUCCGAUCUCCGCUACGACGAGAGGAGUUCAGCUUCGUCUUCGUUCUGCUGCACCUCCACGACUCAGAUCUCCGGCAACUCGUCGGUGGAGAAGAAGAACGGCAACCACAUGCCGAAUUACAUGAACUUGACCCAGUCGACGAAGGCCAAACAGAGAAAUAGCAGAUUCCUUAGACAGUCCAUGGAUGAAGUUCAGUUUCGUAACCUUCACAAGUCUGGAGAUUUCAGCAAUUUAGGGUUUUGAUUUCUAAUGGGAUAGAUUCUCAAAUUAAGUGAAAUUAUGCAGCAAUUGUGACCUCAUAUGAAUACUCCUUAUUUGAGACAUUACUGGAGGUGUGAUAUAAGAUUUUUCAUCAUCUUUAUAAAAUUUCUAAGUUAUG